AUGACGAGUUUUUACUCCUUGCCUAUUGAGCUUAGGAAUGCCGUAUAUGACUACGCUCUCCAAGAUGAUCACGACUUCUUCGCCGACGGUGUACCAGCACUAUUCAAAGUAUGUCCAGAAAUCACCCAAGAAAUCUACUCGUACCGCAAAACCAUCACAACAAUCAGUAUCAAUGUGGACACCCCUGGAGACAUCGAGGAUGAGGAUCUCCACCGGGCCAUGAUUACAAAGUUCAAGCAAAAGCAAAACACCAAAGGACUCGUUGUCAAAUUCAUAAUCUUGCAGCGUCGCUCUUCGCAAAGGAUGCAUGAUCCUUAUGCCAGCAUUUUCGAGACCUUGAGUGAUGGGUUUACAGGAGUUAAUGUGCGUCUCCAUGCGACGAUGCUCAGGUUGGCGUUGAACGUUGAAACGGAAGUCCAUAAAGAGGCUGGUCAAUUAAGCUGA